ACAAUAUUUAUAAAUUUGGGGAAAGAGGCGUUUCGGGUUAGGACUAAAAGGAUGGCAGAGGUUGCUCGUUAGGGGAAGCGAAAAUUGGAAGAGGAAAUUAGUGUGAAGAAUAAUGUGGAAACAGAAGAGUAUGAUUCUGAUGAUGAUAUGUAUGCUGGUAACCAAAGGAUGACCCGAGAAAUGCGGGACGAGUAUAAUAGACAGAUCGAUGAGAGCGAGGUACGUGUUUGCAGCCCAGGGUCCCAAGGUAGGGGGUUUUGAUAUCACUUUGGAUGUGGAAUUGGGUGUGAGUAUUGGAGCUCCAAUUAUUCCACACCGGAGGGGUAAAGAGCAUGGCCCAAAGUUUGUUGAGAUAUCCUGCCUAGCCAUUGAUGCUUACAAUUUACAGAAUAAUAAAAGAUUCGAAUUUGUCGAAAAUGUGACUGUGAACGCAUCACUUGCUGCUGGAUAUUGGUGUUACAACACCUUUCGAGCCAGGGAUUCUGAUGCUCCCAACGCUGUAAAGACAUUUCAAGCAUUGGGGUACUGGGGAAUUAGUGGAAAGAGAAUUCUUUCAUUUUGCAGGCUUAAGAAAACAUCCAGUGAUGAAGGUGAUGAGUGCCCUCCCGAUUCCAAUGUUGACGUGAAAGCUACACAGUGAGCUUGUCAUCUCUUUAAGCUCGUCAGUCUUACUCUUGUAGUAGUAAUUAUUGAAAAUGUAGCGUCACUUGUGCUACUAUUAAGACCUGAAAAGAAGUGUAGUGAUGUGUCUUCUACUCUCCUAGUUGUUUUAUUAAGAAUGUAGAAUUAUUUGUGUUAUCACUAAGACAAGGAAAAAGGUGUUUUGAUGUUAUGAUUAUGCUUGAUGAUGAAGCUUUAUCAGAGUAACUUGGGGUUGAGGAA